GAUGAUGACCCAGCAGGGUUGUCCUGGGUGCCUUCCUCACCCUCCAGCAAAGACGUGGCCUCGCCCUCGCAGAUGCCCGACGGCUGCUGCGACCUCGGCAUGGCCACUGGUGGCGAGGAGGAAGGAGGCGCCGGUCUGCCGUACCCCUGCCAGUUCUGUGACAAGUCCUUCAGUCGUCUGAGCUACCUAAAGCGCCACGAGCAGAUCCACAGCGACAAGCUGCCGUUCAAGUGCACCUUCUGCAGCCGCCUGUUUAAACACAAGAGGAGCAGAGACCGCCACGUCAAGCUCCACACAGGAGACAAGAAGUACAGUUGUCAGGAGUGUGAAGCUGCAUUCUCUCGCUCUGAUCACCUGAAGAUCCACCUAAAGACGCACAGCUCCAGCAAACCUUUUAAGUGCAGUGUGUGUAAGCGUGGCUUCUCCUCCACCUCGUCGCUGCAGAGCCACAUGCAGGCUCACCGCAAGAACAGAGAGCAUCUUGCGCUGAGGAGCGAGAGGGAUGGAGGGAAGAAGGGAGGAGGAGGAGAUAUUGACCUGGAGCAGGACCUUUAUAUGUGUGAUUAUUGCGAGGAGACGUUCAGCCAGACUGACGAGCUGGAGAAACACGUCCUGACCAGACACCCCCAGCUGUCUGACAGAGCCGACUUGCAAUGCAUCCACUGUCCGGAGAUCUUUCUCGAUGAGGCUUCUCUCCUCACACAUAUUGAAACACAGCAUGCCAACCGCAAACACAAAUGUCCAGUCUGUUCGGAGCAGUUCCCCUCUGUGGAGGACGUCUACUGCCACCUCGACAGCCAUCGCCAGCCGGACUCCUCCAAUCACAGUGCUGCCAGUCCUGAUCCUGCACUGGGCAGCGUGGCUUCAAUGAGCUCAGCCACUCCAGACUCCAGCGCCAGUCUGGAGAGAGGCUCCACCCCCGACUCUACGCUAAAACCCAGCCAGGUCAUUGAACGAGGACGGAGAAGAGGCACCGACACGGGGGAAGAGAUUGGAAUAAGCCUGGUUCAUCACGGUGGAGGUGGAGGAGGGAAUUGGGGUAAAGUGACGUACUCUUGCCCUUACUGCUCAAAAAGAGACUUCCACAGUCUGGCAGUGUUGGAGAUCCAUUUGAAGACCAUCCAUGCAGAUAAGCCGCAGCAGAGCCACACGUGUCAGCUCUGUCUGGACACCCUGCCAACGCUCUACAAUCUCAACGAACAUGUGCGCAAGGCCCACCGUGCCAGCGGAGGCACCGUCGGCACAGCGCCGGCAGCUUUUCCUCUGCUGCAGUUCACUAACGUCACAGCGUUCCACUGCAACUACUGUCCAGACAUGUUCGGGGACAUCAACUCUCUGCAAGAGCACAUCAGAGUGUCCCACUGCCUGCCUGGUGGGAUCGUGGCAGGAUCCACCACAUUAGAAGGGAACCAUGCGUUCUUCUGCAACCAGUGCUCCAUGGGAUUCCUGACAGAGUCGUCACUGACGGAGCACAUUCAGCAGACGCACUGUUCCUCAGCUGCAGGGGGCGGAGCUGUGUCUGGAGGAUCGGUGGCCAAACUGGAGUCUCCGGUUCUACAGGCUGCAUCUCAGUCCUUCAUGGAGGUUUACUCCUGCCCUUACUGCACCAAUUCUCCUAUCUUCGGCUCACUCCUCAAGCUCACCAAACACAUAAAGGAGAACCACAAGAACAUCCCGCUGGCUAACAACAAGCGGCAGGCGAAGGUUGCAGACUUGAGCCCAGCCUCCUCGGAUGUGGAGAUCUCCUCCCCGAAACGCCACAGACUUGGGGGGGACUCCACUCCCUCCAUGGGGAGCAAUGGGGACUACCCGUGCAACCAGUGUGACCUGCGAUUUUCCAGCUUCGAGGGUUUCCAGGCGCACCUGAAGUCACACCUGGAAAUGCUGCUGAGACGCCAGUCCUGCCCCCAGUGCAACAAGGAGGACUUUGAAUCCCAGGAGGCAUUGCUUCAACACCUGACCGUGCACUACACCACAACAUCAACCCAGUACGUGUGCGAGAGCUGCGAUAAACAGUUCUCCUCGGUUGAUGACCUGCAGAAACACCUGCUGGACAUGCACACAUUUGUCCUCUAUCACUGCACUCUCUGCCAGGAGGUCUUUGACUCCAAGGUCUCCAUACAGGUGCAUUUGGCAGUGAAGCACAGCAAUGAGAAGAAGCUGUUUCGCUGCACAGCCUGUGCCUGGGACUUCAGGAAAGAGGCUGAUCUUCAGCUCCACGUCAAGCAUAACCAUCUGGGUCAGAGGUCAGGCCUCCCAGGGGGGCUUGGAGCAGGACUCAAACCUCGAAAGUGCAUCUUCUGUGGGGAGACAUUUGGAACUGAGGUAGAGCUCCAGUGUCACAUCACCACUCACAGCAAGAAGUUCACGUGUCGCUUCUGCGGCAAGGCUUUCCACGCUAUCUCCCUGUUAGAAAGACACCUGAGGGAGAAGCACUGCAUCUUCGAAGGUGGCAACAUCACCGGCAACGGAGGUGGCACAGGGAGCAGCAGCAGCCAGAACGGGACACCCAACGGGCUGGCACAGUCUUCCAAACGAGGAGGAGGAGUCAGUGGAGGCAAUGGAGGUGCAGGAGGUGUUGAGAGAGGAACGGUGGUGGCUGCUGAACAAGCCGACCUGCAGAACAUGGUGCUAAAGAGUGGAGGAGCUAGCCAGGGAGGAGAUACAGCGAACAGCCAUGAGGCAAGUGGGGGCGAGGAGGAGCUGGACAAUUCAGAGCCCAUGUACGCCUGUGACAUCUGCGGAGCGGCUUACACGAUGGAGUCCCUUCUGCAGAACCACCGGCUGCGUGACCACAACAUCCGACCAGGAGAAGACGACGCCUGUUCUCGAAAGAAGAAGGCAGACUUCAUCAAAGGGAACCACAAGUGCAACGUGUGUUCCAGAACGUUCUUCUCUGAGAGUGGCCUUCGUGAGCACGCUCAGACGCACCGUGGUCCCGCAAAACACUACAUGUGCCCGAUUUGCGGCGAGCGCUUCCCCUCCCUGCUGACCCUCACUGAACACAAGGUACUUCAGAGUUUUUAUGCAGAGAGUGGAUAA